CCACAACUAAAGUGUGAUACAAAGGAUUUCUGAUUGUGUGAGCAACAAACAGCAAUAACAAAACGACCCGAACCACCAUCAGAAAAAAUCACUAGAAAAUGUCAUCGGUGCGUCACGAUUGGUAUCAGUCGGAACAAAGAGUCGUCAUUGAUGUGCUGGUGAAAAAUGCAAACAAUCGAAAUAUUUCGGUUGACAUUCAACCGAACCAUGUUUUGAUUCGCGGCGAUGAUAUUGAAUUGGAAUUAGAUUUAGCACAUGAAAUUGACACCACAAAAUCAACGUUCAAAAUUAUGACGGUCAAAAUUGAAAUUAUCCUACAAAAAUUAGUUGGCGAACGAUGGUCAAGCCUUACGAAAAAAGAAGGUGCCGCCGUCACGGCCACUGCAUCGUUCACCAGUCUUCCGCAACAAGAGCCAGCAAUAUCAUUACCCAACAAGAACGACAAGAACUGGGAUCGUGUCGUAAAGGAUGCUUACGAAAAAGAAGAAAUCGAAAAGGAUGAAGCCAAGCAGUUGAAUAGUCUCUUCGAAAAGAUUUACAACGAUAGUAAUCCGGAGGUGCGACGUGCGAUGAACAAAUCAUUUGUCGAAUCAGGUGGAACCGUAUUGAGCACAAACUGGAACGAGGUUAGCACACAAAAAGUUGAAAUGAAGCCUCCAACUGGGACCGAGUUUGUUCCUUGGGAAUAAAUUUCAACACUUUGAUUUACAUGCCAACAUUUUAUUUCCGAAAUAAUGGAUAGCUAUCGCAGCAAAACCAAUACGAAAGAGAUUUAAAAGAAAAUGUCUCUCAACUCAAUCUAAAUAGUUUAUUACCAUCUAUCAUUUUUGUGAGUUUUGUGAGCUCAGCCCCAAAUAAUUGUCAGGAAAUGACUCGCAGCAUUUCUUGCGGUUACUCCAUUACUUUAUAUGAAUCAAUUUUAUGAAACUGAACUGAGUCAUAGUAACACGCUUUGAUCAGAAUCAUUUGAUGCACACACAUCAAAGAUAAUUUUCAACAGAUUAAAUCGUCGAUUAAUUUUCGGUCUCAGCAAUUCAGAAGGAAAAAAAAAUUGUAAAUUCUUUCUGAAUUUUCAUCCGUAAUUUUCUUGCUCAAAUUUCUGAAAAACCAGCAAAACAAUCAAAAGCUAUCUAGCAUCGUUUCGUUUAUUUUUCAUAAUGGAAAAGGUCAACUCAUUAAUUUUUUAACUUAAGUACUGUUUCACCACAUCUAUUGAUUUCAAUCGAAUAACUUAGAGUAAGAAAUUUUGUUGAAAAGCAUAUGUGAAAAUAAAUGUUUGUUAAACGAAACUAAUAACAGUAAUUUCCCAUUGUACACAUUGGAAAUUUUAUUUAUUUUUGAAAUUACCUUCGAAGGCAAGCACUAAAUUGCCAAAAAUCAGCGCAACACUCUCAAACUUAUUCGAGAAAUACGAAUAAAUAAACAAAUUCAAUGAAAACGAACGGUUUUGCCAAAUAUUACUUCAAUUUAUUUAGUUUUCUUUUUCGUUCCAAAUAUUGUAAUCAAUUAAUAAUUAACAGUUUGUAGUUGACACAAAGGAAAUGAAUGAUACGGUAUGUUUGGGUUAGAAUCAUCUGUUAAGAUAAACAGGAAUUUCGUUUUGACGAGAUCUAGCAUAGCAUACUUCUUAUCAUUAUUUGCGGUCGUUGGUAUUUAGUCUUAUUCACACUUUGCCUUUAAAACCAGUCGAAACUGAAGAGAUGUUAAAAUGUACGUGUAACGAACGUGAAUCAAUUUUAGUUAAAAUAGUAAAAAAGGAAAGUUAUUAAGAUCAGUUUACGUUCAAAAAUGUUAAACUUCUAGUUUUUUGUUUCUUUUUUCGUCUAUAAAUAAAUCAUUAUUUGUGUUACGUGAAUGGAAAA